AAUGCGCAUGCGUAAUAUAGAAGAUGGCGACGAAAAUAGACGGAUUUCUAGUUGCAUUUUUGUUUAUUUAUUGCAUACGCAAUUGCCAUCCAGCGGACGGGUUUCUAGACAUCGAGGAGCUCAAAAGUGUCCAUUAUGGAUUGGAUAUAAUCAGCGAACCAGUUGUUUGGACGCAAAGGAAUACAGCCAGCUCUAGUAAUAACAUACAGGUCAGAUCCAAAUAUGGGCAACACUACAGAUGUAGCUAUCCUGAUAGAAUGGAAGCAGACAAGAAAAAAGAAGAGGAGGAGAAAGUUGCUAUGGAGACGGGGAUUCCUGAAUUGUUGAAACCUUUAGAAGCAGGACCGUGUUUAUUCAAGAAUAAAGAUUGGUGGAGUUAUGAAUUUUGUUAUGGAAAAUACAUCAGGCAGUUUCAUAUUGAAGAUGGUAAGAUCGUUGGUGAUGUAACAUUCCUUGGAUACUAUGAAUCUGAAUUUGACUGGAAUAACAAAACAGACCAGGACAAGAGAGUGAAGAACUAUAAUAGAUUAAAUAGGUACCACAGUCAGCAGUAUAUCAAUGGUACACGAUGUGAUCUGACAGGUCGACCAAGGAAGACAGAAGUUAGGUUUGUAUGCGAGGAAGGAGCUGGAGAUUCAAUUGCUCGUAUUGAUGAGCCAGAGACGUGUGGAUAUAUACUGACUGUCCACACGACCAAGAUCUGCCACCACCCGUACCUGAAACCUCCCACCAAAAAUACACCUGUUCCUAUCACCUGUCAACCACUUCUCUCCGAAACACAAUUCAUAGAGUACAAACAGCAUCAACUUGAGCAACAGAGACUCGAAGAAGAGAGAGAAAGAAAACGAGAACAGGAAAAACAAGCAAAAUUAAAAAAACAAAAGCUUCAGCAGGAACACCUAGCAAAGUUAAAAGAACAAUCUGAUAAAUCAUCUAUACAAAAAAUGUUAAAAUCUGAUAUUGAGUGGAAAGAUGAAAAUUCUCAAAGACAUAGGACAACGACAGCAACAGACCCAAAGAUCAGGCAAACAGAUAAUGAUGUAGCUGGGCUAACAGAUCCUCAGACAGUAGCAGGGCCAUCAGAUGGUAAUAUGGCUGGGCUAACAGAAAAUGAGGAUUUGGGGCCGACUGAAACUGAGACAUCAGGGCCAACAGACAUACAAACCGAGAUAGAAAAUGAGUUUGAUAAGGAUCUAGAGGAUUUCAUGGAAUCAUCAAUUGGUGACAAUAAACAGCUUCAAACACUUCUCAAAUCUUCCCUUAAUGAAAACUUGAAGAAAUACAUGGAGGAAGAGGGCGACACCGGUCUGAAGAUGAAGCCACACAGUGUUAAGAUAAUACGCAACAUGGACGAACUAAAAGAGGCAGUGCAAAAAGCUCAGGAGGAUGCUGAUGCUUAUCUUAAAUCUCAUUUAGAGGAGGAGGAUGACAAAGAUGUGGGCACAAGUAGUGGCACAGCCUUAGAGGACGAGUCUCUUCAAGAUAAAAAAUUAAAUUUGAAGAAAAUGGAUAUUAUGACACAGGCACUUGAUGAAGAUUUAGAUGAAACGGAAUUGGACAUGAUAAAAGAAUUUAACAAAGAUUUAGAAGAAAUGGAUGCAUUAAAGAUAUCGCAAUAUAAAGAUUUUUUCAGAAAAAAUAAAAAUAGAUUUCUUUCAAUGAAGAAGAGAAUUCAAGAAAGCAUGAUGCGAGAAUUCGACAAUAUCAUCAAUGAGGCUGGUGAGGAGCUGGGGAUGACAGAUGAGGAGCUCAACACAGAUCUAGAUAGAUCAGAAACAUUUCAACACAUGUCAAAAGUUCUCAAUAAAUUACUGGAUAAAUUGGAUAAAACUGAAAAAGAUAUAAGGAAAGUUGACAAGGAAAUAAGCAUGUUAAAAGAAAAAUCUCAUCAUUCUGGAGAAGACAUUGAUGAGACAACAGAUCAGAAUGAUAAUGAAGUUUUAGUGUCAGGCGAUUUGAAAAACGAAGCCAAAGGACCUGUUCAAUCUAAAGAUGAUAGGGUAAAAAUAAGGGUUACAAAAGUGACCAAAAUGGAUCAUGGAGCUCUACAGGCCAAACAAACAACCGAAACUGACAAACUGGAACAGGAAGUGAAGGAGGGACUGGAGGAAGCUGGUCUGGACCUUGGAGGUGGGAAGAUCCAGGUGAAAAUAAUAACAGCAGGUUACCAAGGAGAUGAGGACAGUGUACAUGUACUCUCUGAUGAAGAGUCUAAAAGUUUUAAAAAUAUGAUAGUCUCUAUAUUGGAAGGAGACAGUGAAGCAGCCCGGGAGGAACAGCAUCAUCAUUCAAUGGAACAAAAUUAUAAUUUUGUUUGGGGACAGGAUAAGAAAAAAGAAAAACACUAGUAAGCCUUAAUUAAAAGUGUUUGUCUUGUUACGUUUCUAGUCAAAUCAUGUAAAUUGCCAUCACACUCAUUCACAAAAGGUUACAUCAUGAUCAUUUACAGAAAUUUUACCCAAGUACUAUACAGUCAAACAAGUGUCAUGACCUUCUGAAGGAGGCAAUAAAAAAGGUCACAUACGACAGUUGGUCUCUUUAUCCAGGUCCAAGAUAAUAAUGAAUAAUAUUGGAAGGAAAAUAUACAGGCACUAGAGAGAUAGACUAAGGCCGGUUGGACUGUAUUGUGAGAAAAAUAGAUAUCAAUUUUAAUUGGUGUUAAUUGAUAAUGUGUAAUACCGGUAGAUGGCACACUGGUUGUGACUUACAUAAAAGUAGUGAUAACAGUGUUUUAAAGCCGAUUGUUUUAUACACCAUCUAGAUCACAGCUGUGGAGGUAAUUCAAAACCUUGGAUCAUUAUAAGCAUCAAAUAGUUUUCUUGAAGAAUGCUACAACAUUAAGGAAUUAUGUUGCUGUAUGAUCACUAUAUAAAUUAUACACUAUACAAAAAUGUACUAUAUAAGAAAUAAUGACAAUUGUGAUAGAAUGAUAUUUUUCACAAAUUAUGAUUGGCUGAAAUUAGGCCACAUGACUCCUUCAAAGCGAUAAAAACAAUUAUUAUAUUGACCUCUUGUGCUUAAAAAAAGUUUGUUAAAAAACUUAUUAUCCCAGUGAUUUUGAAUUACUUCCCUUGGCAUUGUCCCAUAAUGUCCAAUAUCUUAAACACAGUUACAACAAAGACAUCUGUAGACAAGCAAUAUGUCUCUGAAAUUUGGAGUGAUUAUAUGAUUUAUAAAUUAAUUUCUUAACUUUUUGAUGUUUUACUCUUUGGAUUGUGUGGUAUUUAACUAUCAUUUGCAACUGUUUCUUGUUGUAACUUUUUAGUGAAUGUUCAUGUGCACUCAAUAUAUUAAAAUUGGAAUUACAAUAAUGUAUAUAUAUGAAUAAAAGUCAUUGUCUUUUGUUUACAGUCAGUACAUGGUUUUAUAAUUAACCCGAGAAAAGACAUGUAUUAACCUUGUCAAAGGCUAAAAUUGUAAUCAAGGUGAUAGAGGUGUGAUCAUUUACACUAAUAGUGCAUUUAUGAUUUGUCAGCUACUCUAUGUACAAUCUAAAAGUUUUGAAGGAAAACAAAUUUUUGGGGGAGCUAAAAAGAAUAUCUAAAAAAAACAAAAAAAAACAUCAGUUCACGACAUUAUGAAAAACACUAGUUGGGACUAAGACAUCGAAAAACAUUGUACCUAGACCCAUUCAAAAAUACCCAACCUAGCCCCAUCCUUGAUCUCUGGACACCAUGCAAAUGCUGAGAAAGUACUGUACCAAGCUCCAUCUUAACUCUCUUGACAUCAAAUGCUGAGAAAAUAUUGUAGCUAGCCCCAUUCUUAAUCUCUGAACACCAAAUGCUGAGAAAAUACUGUAUCUAGCCCCAUACUUAAUCUCAGGACACCAAAUCUGUUACAGUACCUAGACUUGUCCUUAAUGACAUAAAAACCCUUGAUGCAACUUGCAUAAAUACAGAGAUGGUUAGAAGAAUAUGUCUUUUUAACGUAUACAUGUUGGUGAGCAAUAAUAUGAUAAGCACGGUAAGAUUUGAUCACUGAUUUGUAUUUACCUUUGUGUUAAAGUGGUGAUAAUAGUUUGUUAACUGUUACAAUUAUUUAGUUACAUUCAAAUAGGAACAUCUAAAGACAGGUGAAGACCACUGAAAACAACAAGGUCUGCAGCAAUAAGUGAGUUUUAAUAUAUGUGGAAUUGGCCUACGUCAUUUCCACUGUUGGUAUAGUGAUGUAUAACUUGUAACAUUUGUCUGACACGCCUGGCUUCCAUCUACCUGUUUGUUACUUAUACACACUGUCAUAAGUUGAUCCAGUUCAAUGUAAAAUAUGUGUGGCCAUUCAACCAAAAGAUAAACAUAGGGUUUUGCACAAUUACAAAUGUAUGUGGAGGUACUCAUUCUAUAAACUUUGGGAAAGGAAAAAUGGUUAAAGGUCACCAUGUAUAUAAAAAUCAUUUAUUUUUGUUAAAAUGAACGUGAAUAUUAAAAAAAAAAAAAGUUGCAAUUUGUGUAUCUGAUAUUGGUCAAUUCAUGGAUAGGAAACGCAUCUGCACAACAUCAUAAAGUGAAAACAUGUUUUUGUAAGAUAGUUCAAUCUAUCAUCCAAUACACCUGUUUUACAGUUCAUGGGAUAAAUGAAAUAAUUUGUGAAUAAGAUUAUGCUAUGCUCUUUUUAUAAAUUUGUAUACUGAUUGAAAAUUUUAUGUAGAAUAAAUAUCACAUCACGCUCUGUAACAGAAUUCACCAGUAUCUAGCUUCAUUUAUAGUUGAUGAUUCAACCAGUUAGAAUUUACAACUGUAAUACUACAUCAGAUACAUGGAUAAUAGAUCUGAUGUAGAUAUUUUUAUAUUGUACAUUUUUGUUAUUAUGGAACGAAAUAUGAUGGAAAGGUUGUUACAUUGUUGUCAGGGUAGAUUUAGAGUAACAAUGAGGGCAAAAGCAAAACUACGCCAAAAGUAUUGUUUGAUACAAUAUAUACUGUACAUGGUAUUGUUUUUGUUUGGUAUGUAUAGUUGUAUACGUGUUUCACUUUAAUGAUAGUUAUUGAACAUUCCUCAUUUAGUAAGUUUUCCUAUGUGAUAUAAUUCUUGAUCAUGAUUGACACUCAACAGAAAUUUUUGUAGAUCUGAUAUUUAAAAAAAAAUACAGCAAAAUUCCAGGCUGAUAAUGCACUUUUAGCCUUUUUGUACCACCGAAGGUCUUACCUGAUUUAGAGACUCAAUUUCUUAGUUUACUAUCUUAAUAUGUAUCUUUGUAUUUUUAUAUAAUUUUAUCCUGUGUAUGUUUGUGAUGAGAUCACUCAUCCCUAGUGGGAGCGUGAUGAAUACUGUAUGUCUGCACGCAGGUGUUUGUUAGAAAUCAGCGUGCUUUGACAAACAGUGAUGCAAAUAUUGGCAUAUUAUUGUUUUGUGAUAUUUGAAAAAUGUGGUUUACUAUAUGGUGUUUGUAUUUAUUCUUAAUUUAAGCUACAAAUGGUUUUAACCAAUUCCAGACACUCUGAAGUUUCUUGAUCUUGAGUCCAUAAGUUUCCUGAUCAUCCAUCAUUUCGUGGAUUAUAUGUUUAUCGUCGUUGUUACCAUUUACAAAUGAUUUAAGACGUGUUGAUUAUAGUAAUUUUUAUCACAUGAUGCAUACCUGCUGUAUCAUAAAAAUGUUAUGUAAUUAACUUGUUGAUUUUACCAUGGAAAUGUGUGCUGAUGUGGUAUAAGCGAGUGGUAUAUAGAAGGGAUAAGUGUUUGUUUAUAAUCUAGUCAUUUUGCAUAUUUAUAUCCGGUUAUCAAAUUUAACUUGAACAUUUUAUUUGAUUUUUCAAUUGCUGCUCUGAGGAACAGUUUCUAGGAAUCCUCAUAUUCAAAAUAUAUUAUGGUAAAAUGUUGAAUAUUGAAAUUUCUAAUCUGAAGUUAUGUGCUACAAAGGUUGAAUAUGAGCGGUUAUAUAUAUGCAAUAUAACAUUAAUAUUACAAUGUGAUUUCCUCUCUAUGACUUUAUGUAUUUUCAGAUUGUGGAUUUAUACGCAAAGCAUUUAAAAAAAAAUGUACUGUACUCUUUUUGCUUUGGCAAGGCAAUGAAUUAUUUAGUCUAGGAGAAUGACAGAAAUUGAAGAAAUCCUCAGCUUUUCAGAGUAAUAUAUUAAUGUGUAUAGUAGUACUGACGAGUGGUUUAUAUGCAUAACUGUCGAUCUUAUAGGCAUUGUUUUAUGACAGCCUUACAUGUUUAAAUGUAAAUUCGAGAAAUCACAUCAGGCAUUGCUUUCUUGGUGUGUUUAUGUCAAAUGUGAUUAAUUGAAAUAGAAAUGGGAGGCGAUAGCGUUAAAUGACUUCUCAAUAACAAAGAGGCCCAGCGACCUCACAUUAAGCUUGUAGCAUGUUAGGGUGAAGAGAUACCAAGUUUGCUCUAAUGAACGACUUUGACCUACAUUCAAGACCACAUGGGUCAACUUUGCUAAAAUCUAAAAACGUCAUCAAUAACCAAGAAGCCCAGGGACCAGAUGUAGUGCGAUUAGCAUGCCGUGGUAAAUUGCUCCUAUGAGGGCUGAUUGAUAAGUUGUGAGCCUGGUAUUGAAGGAGGUAUUCAAGGAUGUUCUUUUUAAGUCAUACUGUUCUCUGUCUAUGUUACCCAAGGACUGGUCUCGUGUAAUUAGUUUAUAUCGACGAGGUAGCACCCUAAAUUAAACAGGACAAGCGGCUUUUGCAGAAUGGACAAAAUCGUUAGGGUGAAAGAGUCUGUCAUUGCCAUAGCUGCCAUUCACGGUUGUGGCUUUAAAUUGAUUGAGCAUCCGCCUUAUUCACCUGAUCUUGCUCGAUCAUCUAUUUCCAAACCUGAAAAAAGCUAUUUCAGGCACCCUAACCCUAAGCCUAACAAGCAGUGGAUGACUUUCUGAACAGCUAAGAAAGGAGUUCUAUGAAGGUGGCAUUGAGGCCCUUAUUUAAAACACCACUGGCAGACGUAUAUAGAUACCGAAGGGGUUAUGUUGUUCAAAUCCUUCUCUUCAAUAAGAACCUCACACCUUAUCAAUCAGCCCUCGUAAGUUUGCUCAAAUGUGCUAAAAUCUUUAAACAACGUCUUCCCAUUAUUCAAGAGGCCAAGGGACCUGAUACUAGACCUGUGGCAUGUUGACGGAAGUGCUACCAGAUUUGUCAAAAUGAAUGACCUUGAGCUACUUUCAAGGCCACAGUGGUCAAACGUUCGUAAAUAUCCAAACGUCAUCUCGGUAACCAAAAGGCCUUCAAGCUUUAUGUUGGGAACAUUACAUGCGUGGAAGAAGCGCUACACGAUUUGCGUAAAUGAAUAACAUUAACUUAUACAACUGUAUCAAGGGUCAUAGGGGUCAAAUUUGUUUAAGACAGUUGAACAAGUUCUGAAAGCUCAAAAGGCUUAGAGUGAUGACAUUUGACCACUGAUAUACAAUGUAUGUAUGCUGAGACGAAUGGAUGCCAACCCAGGGUAUUGAUAUUCAAAUGAAUGGCAUGAAUAUAUUUUUCAAGGAAAUUGAAGUCAAAGAUGUUUAACCUUAAAUCCUUUUCUCGGAUUAAGUUAGCGAUACAGAUCCAUUGGGUAUCUGGAUUAAAAAUAAAAUGUCUCGGAACUAUG